GCAUGACAGAAGUGAUGAAAGUAAAUAAAUGAUUAUUGUUAUUGUCGGUGUAUUUCAGAUUAUUGACCACUUUUCGACCGUUCGAUUAGGUUUUCCAGAGCACUCAGAUGUCUGCCGAGUGGCGAUGCAUUCGCCGGAACCAAGACGAAUGUCGGCGUUAUCUGGACCAGUUCAAGGUUUUCGACCAUCCUUUGAAGCAGUCGUCAAUCACAAUUCUAGAAAGCAAAGGAACACGGACGAAAGCUAGCAGUAUUAUCGGUGAAACCAAUAGUGGUGCUUCCUCGACCAUCUCAAUGGAUCCCCUAAGCUUAGCUUUAGAUGGCGAAGACCCGCUAAGCCAGUUUGCUCGCCAGGAAUCGACACAUGAUCCUCUAUCGCAGAUGGCUGCUGAAUUUGAAAGCAAUGCUGUUAUGGCUGUUUCUUCCAGUAAAAUAUCGCAGAAAAAGAAGGAAGUGAACAGUUUACUGGCAAUGGACCUUAUAGAACCGUGGGCUUCUCGACGUGUUGGUAUUCUGAACAAAUACACUACCAAUGAAAAACUCUCGAUUGUGACUAGUUUCCUGAACGGAGGCGAAACCAUUAAAUCACAAACGACAAUGUCGGAAAAGGUGAAACACCGUCUGGAACAGCUGGAUGAAUUUGAGGAGGGAACAGUGUGUCAGAUGUUAGAUCUAUCGCAGCAGGAAUAUGUCAUAAAAAUUGAACAGUUGAAUCAUGAACUGGUUCAGGCUUGGAACACCGAUCAGCGCGUGAAGGCACUCAAAAUUGCCAUUCAAUGUUCCAAACUGUUGGCCGAUACUUCGGUGAUACAGUUCUAUCCGUCAAAGUUUGUGUUGAUUACUGAUAUUCUUGACAUUUUCGGGAAAUUGGUUUACGAAAGGUUACUCAUUAAGGGUGAGGCUGGUGGUAUUGGGCCUAGAAAGGUUUCGGCUCUGCCGAAUGAUUUUACACCGGAAAUGGUACCGGAGUCGGCGAAAGAAACCUGCCAGAAUUGGUUCUAUAAGAUUGCAUCCAUACGCGAGCUGUUACCGCGGUUAUACGUAGAAAUGGCAAUUUUGAAGAGCUAUCGAUUUAUUUCGUCGAAGGAAUUCAGUAGUAUCUUGAUGCGACUGACACGUAUGAUUCGUGGCGUGGGUGAUCCAUUGGUUGCUGCUUACGCCCGGUGCUAUCUCUGUCGAGUUGGAAUGGCCGUCACAACUGACAAAGAAUAUCUGAAAGAAAAUCUUAACGAUUUUCUGCUGGUUUAUCAUACCAUCUUUAACGGAGGCAUUCGAGCGGAAAUCACGAAACAGAGAAUAACUCUGAAUGGUUACAUUGCCUUGUAUUUGCCGGCACUGGAUUGGAUAAUACAGGGUGCUACCAUUCUUAGCAGUGAUGCUGAACUGGAUGACAUUAUGCGAAGAUGUUGUGAUCGAAAAUAUCCGGCUCUGUUGAUGCAGUCGAUUCUGCAGUCUUUUCGGCCGGAAUUCAUUGCGCUUCGUGCCGUGCAAUUUGUGGAGAUUCUGUCCUCCAGUUCGGUUGAGGGAAUCUCCCGAGGUCAACUGUUGCGCAUGUUGGGUGCCAUACUCAGUCAGACACCACCGCCGCCCGAACAACGGGCCGUAACGUUGAAUGCCGCUUGGCGGACCGUAAGCUCGAUGUCCAACGCGGAAGAGUACAUUCAGUGUGCGGAAAUGUGGGCACAGUUCACCAGCCAGCAUUUCGGUCUUCGUGAAGUGAACGCCUUGAUGGGUGACAUUCUAUACCAUAUGACUCCCAACAGAUCCUACGAACGACACUAUCAUGAGCUACAGGUGAUCAUAGAGAAAAUCGUUUCUAAUUUACAGGAUAUUCAUGGGGUGCUAGCAUUGGAAAAUUUUCUUCCGAUGCUAGACAUGUUCCAAAAAGAUUCGGUCAAGUUGGAUGUUGGCAAAAGCAUACUUGCUAGCUACCGUGCCGCUUCGGGGGAUUUAUGUAUAACUGAUCCUGUCGUCACUAAUGCUCUGAUGUACAUCAGUAAAGUGUUGAAUGAUUCGGUCAACGCUCUUACAAGUGAAGAUGAACGCCGCCAGAUCAGCAGUGUUAUCAGUCAUUUCAUCCGUAAGGUCGAUUUCGGACGUGAUUUUGAACAGCAACUUUCGUUCUAUGUCGAUGCUCGAGCGGCUUUCUCCAACCUGGAUCCGGUUUAUUCUACACUGAUUCACUGUGUCAAUCGUUUAGCCACCAACACUAGGCGGAUCGUGAAAGGGCAGCAUACCGGUAAAACGGCUGCUUUUGUGAAAGCAUGUGCCGCCUAUUGUUUCAUCACAAUUCCAUCCAUCAUCGAAGUGACGACUCGUAUGGAAUUGUAUCUUCAAUCGGGACAGGUAGCACUGCUGAAUGUAUGCCUGCAGCAGGCCGAUUCUUGCUUCGAAGCGGCUCUGAAUUUGAUUCCCGAAAUACCGCGCACCUACGAGCAGGACGGAAUGUCACAUUCCACUGAACCAUUCCUGAAAUCAUUCCUUGUGAACUUUCUAUCCACGUUGGUCAUUGUCCCGGACAAUCCAACCCAAGGCGUACUCUAUUUGCUGAGAUUACUGCUAGAAGUGAUAAAAAAGUAUCCUUUCGAUGCGAACUCGAACACUCUCGCCACGGUUUAUCUUCACGUGUUAGAUUUUCUAUCGGUAGCCGCCCAAGACGUCUAUCCGUAUCACAUCGUGAAUGUGAUUUCCAACGACGAACUUUACGGUUCCGAUCCCAAGUUCUUGGCCGAAGUGAACAGCCUGAGCUGUGAGGUGUGCGAUCAGGUCCUGCAAAUACUCAAACAGCUACUGGAAUCCAACAACAUUCGACAACAGUCACAGCUUGCACUGGAACUGUUCCUCAAAAUCAUCACUGGUGCGGAUCUAUCCGUUGAUCGGAUGUUCACACUUUCCUUCAACUUGUGGAAUUUGGCGGCUAAGAACAGAAAUACGCUUGACGCAAAGCAGCUGCAAAAAAUACUGUCCUAUACGGAGCAUUUAGCGGAAGUAACCCAGCAAAAGUCACAGAAACACUGCCUUCAAACACUUUUAGAAAAGAUGAAAUCGCGAAUUUAGUAUCCUCGAACUGACAAAUCACGCAUAUAUAUAUAUAUAUAUAUAUAUAUAUAUAUAUAUAUUAUAGUUGUACUCGUAUGUAUGUUGGUUAUUCGAAAUAAUUCGAGCUAAA